AUGGCGAAGGGUUCUUGGAUUCUCUUCUUGAGCUCCCUCCUCGCGGGGGUAGGUUCUGCCGCUGAUCUCAAGAAGACUUACAUCGUCCAGUUGAGACAGGCCCACGGCGGGGAUAAUCUACUCCGAAGGUCAUUGGUGGACGCCUCUGUCGAAUCCGUGUCUGGGCAGGCCGCCGACGUUCUUUACACGUACGAGAACACCGUCAAUGGAUAUGCUGCAAAGUUCACCGACGAGCAGGCCGAUGCCUUGAAGUCUCAGCCCGAUGUUUUGUCGGUGAGACUUGACAAGGUCUACCAUCUUCACACCAGCAGAUCCCCUCAGUUCUUGGGACUGAUGGGCAACGACGAACUGCUUGGGCGUUCCCCCAUGAGUCCCCAGUCUUCCGGCUUGCAUGCGCACCGGAGAGCGGAUGAUACAGGUGUAGCAGCCGAGUCUGAUCUCAUCAUUGGUAUCUUCGACACUGGAGCUUGGCCCGAGAACCCAGGCUACCGGGAUGACGGUGUCGGUCCAAUCCCGAGUAGAUGGAAGGGUGCAUGCGAGGAAGGAGAUGGGUGGACAGCGAGCAACUGCAACAACAAGUUGAUCGGAGCGAGAGCCUUCUACAAAGGCUACGUAGCCGCAGUUACCAACGGCUCGCAGCCUUUCAACUGGACUGGAGAGUACCAAUCGCCCAGAGACGACGACGGCCACGGCACUCAUACUUCUACGACAGCUGGAGGCUCUGCAGUUCAAGGUGCCAGCCUGUUCGGCCAGGCGUCCGGUACAGCUCGUGGAAUGGCCGAACACGCCCGCCUGGCCAUGUACAAGGUCUGCUGGAAAGAGGGAUGUUUCGAUUCUGACAUCCUUGCUGCCAUGGACAAAGCUAUCGAGGAUGGCGUCAAUGUCAUGUCUUUGUCGCUGGGUCCUGACCAGCCAACCUUCAAUGAGGACGAAGGAAUCGUUGUCGGUAGUUUCGCUGCAAUGGAAAAAGGCAUUUUCGUCGCCGUCUCCGCGGGAAACUCGGGACCCGGUCCUGGAACAGUGACCAACUUGUCGCCUUGGACACUCAACGUUGCCGCCAGCACUAUCGACCGCGACUUCCCAGCCCACGUCACCUUGGGAAAUGGGAAGAACUACACCGGCGCCUCUUUGUACAGCAACGGUUCCGUGACCGACAUCGAGCCUUUGGCAGAGGGCCAAGUUCUUCCUCUCAUCCACGGCAGCCUUGCUGGCAAAGGCAAUAGUUCUACUGCUUCCUUUUGCUUGGAUGGCAGCCUUGACGCGGAAAAGGUUGCGGGAAAAAUCGUUCUCUGUGUGAGAGGCCAGAGCGGUAGAGCUGAGAAGGGUGGAGUGGUCAAAGCUGCAGGUGGCCGCGGCAUGAUCGUCGUCAAUCCGGAAGCCAACGGCGAGGAGCUGAUUGCAGAUGCGCAUGUUCUUCCCGCCCUCCACCUUGGUUUCAAGGACGGCGCUGAGGUGGCGGCGUAUGCGAAGACCUAUGGCGCUACGGUUGUCUUCGAUUUUGAAGGCACGAGAGUAGGCGUCCCGGCCCCGUACAUGGCUGCCUUCAGCUCGCGAGGGCCCAAUAUCCCAAUUCCCGGAUUGGCCAAGCCGGACAUCACAGGGCCUGGCGUUUCGAUCCUGGCGGGCUGGGCUGGUCAGGGCCCGGCUGGCAUUGCGGCAGACACGAGGAAGGUCGAUUACAAUGUCAUCUCCGGCACAUCUAUGUCUUGCCCCCAUCUGUCCGGCAUUGCAGCUUACAUCAUGGCCCGUCGUCCGGAAUGGAGUCCUGCUGCCGUUAGAUCAGCGAUGAUGACCACGGCGUAUGUCACUCUCCAGGACAGCACCUCGCCGAUCGUGGAUUCUUCGAACUUGGAAUCCGCCUCUCCCUUAAGUUACGGAAACGGCCAUGUCGAUCCCAUUGCAGCCUUGGAUCCGGGUCUCGUCUACGACCUUACUACCAAUGACUACCUCGAUUUCCUGUGCGCCGUCAACACUAGCACUACUUUUAUCUCCGGAAUCACCAGGAGUAACUUCACUUGCAACUCAUACGAGACAAAGAGCGUGUACGACUUCAACUACCCCUCAUUUUCGGCACUAUACGAAUCUCCGGCGGGCAAUGGUACCUAUGCUACCAAUGGUUCCUACACGGCAACAUUCACAAGGACUGUCACCAAUGUUGGAGAGCCGGGGACUUACAAGGCCGAUGUUUUCCUCAAUGAUCCCAGUCUGGUCAAGAUAGCUGUUAAACCUGAUACUCUGACCUUUAGCUCGGUUGGAGAGAAGCAGAGCUACGUGGUGACAGCUACGCUGAGCUCACCAAGAAGUGGGGAUGCCAGCUCCUGGGGCAGACUUGUGUGGUCAGACGGAAAGCACGAUGUUGGGAGCUCUUUGACCUUCCUGUGGAGCCUUCCAUCUGAGGAGUAA